UAAGAAAAUGUCGAAAACCGCAUGUAAAUUGAUUCACUACGACCGAUGAUAUGGCCUGUCAAUCAUCCCAGUUUGCACCUGACUGGUAAAGCCAAUCAGAGUGUAGCGGAUAUGUGUGUAGUGUAGUGCACAUGAAAUCGUGACGUCACAAGGUGAACACAUUCAACAUGGAUGCCUACAGCGAUAGUGGAAGCGAUGGGACAGAAGACUCACAAUCAGAUUGCGACCUUCAUAUGGGAUACUCUUCUUCUGAUUUUGAAGUGGAGCAUUCUGAAGGUAUUCGACCUUAUCGUUUUGAGCCAGAGCUAGGAAGUGACGACGAUGAAGAAAGCGGCAAUCCGCCAUCGGCAAUCGAGGACCGCUUGGGCUCAACCGAAUGGUGCAAAUGUGAAAACUGUCGAGAGAUGCCAACAGUCCCUGAAAGUAUUUGUUGCACUGAAAUUGCACAGAUCCAACACAUCAAGAAUGAGUUUCCACACCUGAACUGCAUCACACAGCACCCUGGAUUUCCUUCUGUUUGCCUAGAUGUGUAUGUGUUGCGUACAGCAUAUCAAGCCUUUAGACAGUACCAUAAUGGCAACAUACCCGAUGGUCCAGCGCGAAACCGCUACACUGCCUACCGACAGUUUGUCCGAUGGUGCUGGGGUUUUCUGGGGCGAAAUGUACGAGUCCCACUUCCAGCAUGUGCUGUAAAUCUCAUACGACAGACAUUCCCGCCUGGUGAUGGUGAAGAAUUGAGGGGUUUCAAUUAUGGAGACUGAAUGAAAAGUAUGGUUUUGUGAAUGACUAGUUUCAAGCGAAACGGGAUUGGACUGAUGACACAGCUUCUAGUUUUGAAGGCCGUUCAAAGGUGCUGCAUAGUGCUGGAGGUGCAUCCAUCAGGACAUCUUGUGUUUUAGUCAUUCUGGUGUUUGUUGCCUUGUUGACUGUUAUUUGUAGCAGCUCUUGAACGUAAUCUGUCAUUAAAAAAAGAAGACAUUUCAA